UUCUGAUAAGAAGGAAAAUGUUUAUUGCGAUUUUACAAGGAGGGUACCAUUGUUGGGCAGGUGGAGGUCACGGGAAGAUUUCGUCUUUCCAAGUUUAGUGACGAGGGCAUUAGUGUUCUAUACUUAAUGAAAUAACUGCACAGCAGAAAUAUAUUUGGCACGUUCUUAUUUAAUUGGGCCCUUCUCGGUAACGGGUAUAAAUGUUGGUGUAGGCAUCUUUUGCAGAGGCAGAAACAUGUCUUUUAUAAAGGAAAAAAGAACGUAGAAUAUUUUAUUGACGUAGUUUUAUAGUGGCGUUGUCUUAGCACAUGAUUCAGGUGGCAUAUGUUGCGUUCGGCAUCUUGUUUUGUGUAGAUGUGGUGGUAUUUUGCUAAGUGUGAGUAGGGUCGUGGUGAUUUGUAGAAAUAAUACCAAGAUUAAUUAAACUAAAUUACAGCAAAGACAGCGUAGUAUACAAAUACGAAGAACAGCAUGGAUGGAAUCAAAGAGGAACCUGAAUCAGACAGCUCACGGCCGUCUACUCCACUGGAAGAAUAUGAACCAAUAUUUAUAAAGACUGAACACUUUGAACCAGAAACGUUACCAAUAAUGAAAUGUGAAGCUGUGCACAGUGUGGACAUUGACAAGGAGGAAUCUGAUUCAGGUAAAGAUGCUGCCCUAGGAAUGUCAUGGGAUGUCACUCCAAAUAAGGAAGAGCUCAAGGAUGAAGUAACCAUAGAGGACAAUGAAGUAUCUGUGAACUGUACACACAGUGUGGAUCAGCCAGCCAGUGUACAGUUGAAUGGUGGCAGUAGUGGCACUUCUUCAGUUCAGGUUAACACAUAUCAGGAUGGCAAUAUCCCUAGUGAGCCUUUUUCUUCAAACGCUAGGAAAGGAAUUGUGCUUCCUUACAAGUGUGAUGUUUGUAGUAAACAGUACCAGCACAAAGAGAAUCUUAGGAUACAUUAUCGCAUCCACACAGGUGACACUCGUUUCGAAUGUGAUAUAUGUAACAAGGCCUUCUGCCAAAGUGGGCAUCUAGCAACGCACAGGCGCACUCACACAGGGGAGAAACCAUACAAAUGUGAUAUUUGUAAUAAAAACUUCUCGCAGAAAGGCAACUUGCAAAGGCAUCAUCGUAUUCACACAGGUGACAAACGAUAUGAAUGCGAAAUAUGCAAUAAAACUUUCAUUCAGAAUGGUGAGCUGGUUGUGCAUCGAAUGACACAUACAAGAGAAAGGCCAUUUAGUUGUACAUUGUGCCCCAGAAGAUUUACACAGAAAGAUAUUUUGAAGAAGCAUUAUCGUAUGCAUGCGGGAGACAAGCGUUUCACAUGUGAAAUAUGUAGUAAAGGUUAUUUUGAAAGGCGUAGUCUAGAGAAACAUUAUCGUACUCACACGGGAGAAAAACCAUUUAGUUGUGAGAUAUGCAACAAGAAGUUCUCGCAGAAAAGUAUCCUACAUAGCCAUUUACGUGUUCACACCGGAGAGAAACCAUUCAGAUGUGAAAUAUGUAAUCAGGCCUUUUCUAGAAGCCUGCAUCUACAAUCCCAUCUACGUACACACACCGGUGAAAAGCCGUUCUGUUGUGACGUAUGUAACAAGAGAUUUUCACAUAAGCAUAAUUUGCAAAGACAUUCCCGUAGCCAUGUAAUGAAUGUUCAAGAUUGAAGAACAAGAACUUCUUAAAUUUUACAAGGUAACAGUGUAAAUGUAAGUGUGCUAUGCUCCAUGCAAAAGCUCUAUUGUGGAGUAGUUUAUCAAGUAUUUAAAUGUAUUGUUAAAUGCACAUGAACUUGCAAGAUUAGUAUGAAGGCAUCUUUUUAACCAAUCAGUGAUUGUGGUGGUUUUUUUGCAUAUGCUGAGGAAGAUGUGCACUGUAUGUUCCAUCACAAAAUAAACAUUUCUUUUUUGCGUUUUGGGGUGCAGGAGUACCCCUUGCUUGUUUUGUGAUGCCAGCCAUGCACUGCAAAUAUUUGACUGUGUUGUCAUCCAUGGUUUACCUCCGUCCAGUUUUUGAUUAUUGUUGCAUCUGUAGCAUAGCAUUCUUUUUAUAUUUCCUUCUGUUUCUCUUUGGUCCACUACUCUGUUAUACAGGUCAGUAGAUGGCAGAUGUAGGUUGAUCCAUGCAGACUAGCACCUGUGACCAGAAUGAUCCUCACUUGGGUCAGAUUAUAACUCUGAUCAAAUAUGUAUGGUUAUAAAUAAGUGAGGAAAAUAUCUUACUUUUCUCUCAGGUAAUGAGAUAGAAUAUCAGUAAAUCAGGUUAAUUUGAAAUUGGGUUUAGAUGUGCUACAGAAACAUUUUUUACUGUUUCCAUCAGCAAAUUCCAACAUACAAAUUGAAUAUUAAAUUUUAGAUUAAUUUAAUAGAACAGCCACACUAAAUUAGAAUACACAUGAAAAUAUUUAUAGGGAGAAUUUAAAAAUGGUUAAAAUUGGUGUGCAAACUUAAGACAGUUACAGGUUGCCUAUCUGAGAGGGAAAUUUUUUUAUAUUUUAUCCCUAAGAUUAGUUCAUAAAAUAAGCAAACAAACAAACCAUUUUGACGUGAACACGUGUUUAAAAUCAGACCGACAUAUGGGGUACCAGGAAGAAAACGGCGAUGUAACGUUUGCAGGGUGAUCCAUUCCGACACUAUAACUUCGUGACUAAUAACACGAUUGAAAUAAAUGUGGUCUCGUUCGAUCGGGUAUAGGACUACGAUCGAGCAUGACCUUGAGUUUGCGCCUCGCAUGCACGAGGCGCGGGUGGGGGCCCGCGGCGACUGGCGGGCAUUUUGGGCGUGGGUGAAAAUUUCCGGGCAGUAUAUUCGCGACUCCGAUGUGCUAGCGUGCUGAUUUUGGUGCCAAACGAAAGAUCUCGUCUAGAUCUGUCGAUUUAAGCCAUAAAAUGUGAACUUUGUAAAAUAUUUGUUGGUGACAAAUCAAAAAUAAGUCGUGAAAAAUUUAAACUUUCUGAUGUCGGCCCAUACUCACCGAAUUUCAUUCCCAUAUCCCAAAGAAAAUAUUACCCGCUAACGCAGACGUAUUCACGUAAAACCCACGGCCGUGGCCCCGACACAGCCACUCCCCUAUUUUUAAACCAUUUUGAUUAAAUGAAUUAAUUUCCCUGUUACCACUGAUGAUGACCUCUUGAGGUUGAAACGCGUUUGGCACUAGUGUCUUUUUUAUAUUGUUGAUAGUUUUUUGUUUGCUUAUUUUAUGUUCUAAUACACUACACGGUAUGCAAAGAUUUAAGAUCCUAAAAUUAGUUGUCCUGUAUAAACAUUAUUUUGCAAAAUGUUCCCAGUCUUUCAUGUUUUAGCUCUGCAACUAACUGUGGGACCUUUCAUUCAUAUGAAGACCACAUACUCAAUGUGGAUAUCAUGUGAAUACUCUGAGCUUAUUUUAUGUGGGAGGUGGCACCGGCUUGUCAAUGUAAUGCUAAUACAUGUGUAUAUAUUUGUGCAAAUGUAAUUUAGAAGCAGUCCUGUAAUAUUAAGAAUGGAAGAGGUACUGAUCAUGUUAAAAGAAAUUAUUAGAUAAAGUAGAAUAUAUGAAGAAAUGAAGAAAUGAAAGCCAGAACAAAUGUAUGAAAUCUACUCAAUAAUAUAGGAGUUACUGGUUUGUGUUCUGGUUGCGACAAAAUUUAGUUUUAAAAAAUGGCUGGUAAAGUAAUAAGUUGAUAAUUUAGACAUAAUUGAGUAGAAUAUAUAUAUAUUUCUAUAUAUAUAUAGAAAGAAAAUGGAAUCAUGAAAUUGUAGCAGGAAUAGUUUAACAGGAAAAAAUAUUAGUCGCUAUAUGUAUGAACUGAGCUUUGUGCUCUUGUUACCGAAAGCAUGUUGCCAUAGUGGUAAGUUAAUAUUACUUAAUGUGCCACACUGUUCCCCACACAUUCUGGUUUAUGGCUUUGAAGUGUUUUUAUAUAUUUAUUAAAUAUUGGUGCUCAUUAAGAAACUAGGACACUGUAACAGGAGAUUCAUAUAUGUAUGUAGGUUUACAGCCCACAUAUUUAUAGAUAUAUGAUACAUGCUCUUGAACUUCUAGUACAUUGUUUCAUCAGACUUUAUACUUUAAGUACUGACAUUCAUUCACAAAUUGAAAGAAAGAUUCAUUGGUGUUUUCCAUAAGUGAUUUUAUGAUUUUACUAUUCACUAUCAGUGACCAAGAAGUAGAUUUUUUAUUUUAAAAUGUGAUGCAUGUAACUUUCAAAUCAAAUGAUGUUCAGCAAAAUAUGGUUCAGUUUUGAACAUAUCUGAUGCAUUUUUUUUAAUAUUGUACAUAUAACUUGUAGUGAAACAUGUAUUGACCAGUAUGGUGUCUGAACAUGAUACAGAUGAUUUUAGAAAUA